AUGUGCAAGCUUCACGCCCAUCUGACUGGGAGCAUCUCACGCCGCGCUCUCCAUGAGGUAUGGUUACGUAAAAAGGAGACAGGCGACACUGAUUUAGAAGAUCCCCUGAUCGUCAUGCCUGAGGGGAAACAUGAUUACAACCUGCAAACGUUCUUCCCUCUUUUCAGCAGUUACAUAUAUAACCUUAUCACGGAUGAGGAAUCUGUUCGAUAUACUACAAAUUCUGUGUUAACCGACUUUCUCGAUGAUGGCGUCUGCUAUCUCGAGCUUCGAACAACACCACGCGCCACGACUCAACUCUCAGCAGAGCAGUACAUCUCAACUCUUCUUGAUACGAUCUCGUCUUUUGAGUCUCAGAAUUCCCAGCUGCACACUCGCUUGAUCCUCGCUGUUGAUCGACGACACACCCCCGAGCAGGCUGCUUCCACCCUUGAGCUUGCUCUGAGAUACCGUGAGCAGGGAGUCGUUGGCUUAGAUCUCUGCGGUGAUCCAACGGCGAGGCCAACAGGCGAGAUAAGUGCCUUCACACCUGUGUUCUUAGAGGCAAGAAGGAAGGGCCUGGGGAUCACGGUUCACUUUGCCGAAGCUGAGGCGAGUGGGUCAAAAGAGGAGUUAAACACGCUGCUCUCUUGGGAACCGGGCAGGCUUGGACAUGUGAUCUGGGAGGACGAAGAGACCAAGAAGGAGAUCGCAAAGAGAGGGCUGUGUCUUGAAUUAUGCCUGAGCUGCAAUGUUAGAGCCGGCAUGGUGUUAGGCGGCUUCGAAGGCCACCACUUUGGGCACUGGAGAGGUGUCAACGGCCCCAAGAUCUCACUCAGCACUGAUGAUGUGGGCGUGUUCGGAAGCCUUUUAUCUAACGAAUAUAGACUCGUCGCGGAACAUUUUGGCCUUGACCGCCAGGCUAUAUGUGAGCUUGCGAGACAGCCGAUUGACGGGAUAUUUGGAGGCGAACGGGAGAAAGAACGGUUGAGAGAUAUCAUGUGGACACAGUGA